UAGCAUUUUUUGAUGCUUAAUUUUCUUUUUCGCUCAUGUCAGAAAAUGGAAGUCACAAUUGUUGACACGCAUUGAGGAAAAUAAGGGAUGAUGAAGAAGGAAAGAAUCAACUCGUAUAUAUCUAGAUAGAUAGAUAUAACAUAAAGUUCUUAUCGUAUGUAAAUUGUUCGUAACCUCUGGGGUUUGGAAUCUUCUAGAGACGCGGUUUUUAUAACCAUUUGGACCUGCAUUCCAAGCUUCCAGAUUAAGCUACGUUUUCCAGGAAAGUUCCCUAUCUCUCUGUAUAAAUAGGAAUUGCCUUGCACCUCGCAUGCCAGCAAACAACAGUUUCAGUUUCCGACCACUGCGAACAAAUCACGAAGCAGAAACCCAAGAUAGGAAAGAAAGGAAGGCAGACAGGCAGAGGAGCAAGCGAAGCCGGAAGCCUUGAGGUUAAAGGAAGAAGGAUAUUCCAUCAUGUGUUUGGUGUUCGUGUGUGAUGAAGAAGAGAGGGUGCUAUCAAGGCAACCGGCACCGGGGGCAUGCCCUUACUGUGGAGGAAUGGUGCAAGCCAUGGAUGUUGAGAGCAACUGGAGGUUUUGCUUCCUUCCGCUGUAUUGGAGGACCAAGCGCAAGUUCUACUGCAGCUUGUGUACUAGAAAAUUGGUCGUGCAAUGAUAAACUCACAUGAUAUGUAGAGAGAUUGCAGUUUGAGAUUUUGUAUAUAUAACAAAAUAUAUAGUGUAUUUUACUGUUACUGAAACAACAAAAUGACAGGCUCUGUUUACAUAUACAUGCUUCAUUCUUGUGUUCUUUCUAAAUUUCCGAACUGAAUUGAACCGCCCCUCUAGAUUUUACCUCUUAACCAA